CGGACGCCUCAGAGCUGCUCCCCAGAUCCUGCCAGUGGAUCGUCUGUCCCUGAAGCUAUGCUGUCAGAGUGUGCUAUGGGUUUACAAGAGCAACAAAAGGUGGAUAAACCUCUGGAGUUGGUGUCAUUUGAGGAUGUUGCUGUGGACUUCACCUGGGAGGAGUGGCAGGACCUGAAUGAUGCUCAGAGGACUUUGUACAGGGAUGUGAUGCUGGAGACCUAUAGCAACCUGGUGUCACUGAAUGUCCAAAUAGAUGAUGACUUAGUGAAGAGGAACCAAGAAAGUCACAGUAGAUUCUCACAGCAAAUUGUAAUUACCCACAGUAACACAUCAGCUGAAGAUAGAGUUGUGUUAGGAAAAUCAUUUUAUUUGAAUUCAUACCAUGUUUUAAAUGUGAUUAUAAAUAAUGGAAACUUUUCAGGGAAGGGUCAUGAAGAGUUUUACAAAUAUCAGAAUGCACUUCUUCCUAGAGAGCCUGAUGGCAUGCCUUCUGGAGAGAAACACAAUGACCAUCAUAUAACUGGAAAAUUGCCCAGACAUCAUGAGCAUCUUAGCCAGCAUCCCAAUAUCCAAACUGGGAAGCAGCCUUUAGAAUACAGUGGAAAAGGGAAAUCCUCCAACACAGAGCCAAUAAUAUUUACACGUAAAAAUAUUUAUAUGGAUGAGACAACCUACAAGUAUAAUGAAUAUGGGAAAAACUGUGGUAAGUCAGCUGUCAUUGCCCAAGAAAUAAAUCAGGUAGAAAGCAAAACUUUUCAAUGGGAGGUUUGUGGGGAAAUGAUCUAUAAAAAAUUUAAACUCAGUCAACAUCAGAUUAUGCACACAGGAGAGAAACACUAUAAAUAUCCUGAAUGUGAGAAAUCUUUUAUUAAGAAAUUAUACCUUACCUCACAUCAGACAACACCUACACAGGAGAAGCUUUAUGGUUGUAAUGAACAUAAGAAAAUUUUUUGUCAGAAGUCAGCCCUUAAAAUGCAUCAGAGUAUUCACACAGAAGAAAAACACUAUGUAUGUAUUAACUGUGGAAAAAGCUUUUGUGAGAAUUCACUCCUCAGCCAUCCUGAGAGGAUUCAAACAGGUGAAAUAAUGUAUGGAUGUAACAAAUGUAUAAAAUUUUUCUACCAUGAGUCUGCUCUCACUGUAUGUCAGAGAAUUCACACAAGUGAGAAACCAUGUAAGGUUUAUAAGAGACCUUUCUACUGUAAUAAAUGUGAGAAAACCUUACACCAAAAUUCACACAACAGCAGCCAUCAGAGAAUUCACAUGGGUGACAAACUAUGUGGAUGUAAGGAAUGUAGGAAAGCUUUCUUUAAGUCAGUUCACAUUUUACAUCAGGGAACUCACAUAGGAGAGAAACUACAUGAAUGUAAAGAAUGUGGAAUAGCUUUUAACCAAAAGUCAUACGUCAGCAUUCACCAGAGAGCUCAAACAGGUGCGAAGCCAUAUGAGUGUGAAGAAUGUGGAAAAAUGUUUAACCAAAAGUCACACCUCAGCAUUCACCAGAGAAGUCACACAGGUGAGAAACCAUACGAAUGUAAAGACUGUGGAAAAGCUUUUUACAAAAAGUUACAACUCAUCAUUCAUCAGAAAAUUCACACAGGUGAGAAACCAUAUGAAUGUAAAGAAUGUGGAAAAACAUUUAAACAAAAUUCAAACCUCAGCAUUCACAAGAGAAUUCACACAGGUGAGAAACCCUAUGAAUGUAAAGAAUGUGGAAAGACUUUUAGCAAUAAGUCUGUCCUCAGCAGGCAUGAGAGAAUUCACACAGGUGAGAAACCAUAUGAAUGUAAAGACUGUGGAAAAGCUUUUAACCAAAAGUCACAACUCAUCAUUCAUCAGAGAGGUCACACAGACGAGAAACCAUAUGAAUGUGAGGAAUGUGGAAAAACAUUUAUCCAAAAGUCAUACCUCAGCAUUCACCAGAGAGCUCACACAGGUGAGAAACCAUAUGAGUGUAAAGAAUGUGGAAAAACGUUUAACCAAAAGUCAUACCUCAGCAUUCACAAGAGAGUACACACAGGUGAGAAACCAUAUGAAUGUAAAGACUGUGGGAAAGCUUUUAAACAAAAAUCAAACCUCAGCAUUCAUCAGAGAGCUCACACAGGUGAAAAACCAUAUGAAUGUAAAGAAUGUGGAAAAGCUUUUAGCAAUAAGUCUGUCCUCAGCAGGCAUGAAAGAAUUCACACAGGUGAGAAACCAUAUGAAUGUAAAGAAUGUGGAAAAACAUUUAACCAAAAGUCAUACCUCAGCAUUCACCAGAGAGCUCACACAGGUGAGAAACCAUAUGAAUGUAAAGAGUGUGGAAAAACAUUUAACCAAAAGUCAUACCUCAGCAUUCACCAGAGAGCUCACACAGGUGAGAAACCCUAUGAAUGUAAAGAGUGUGGAAAAACUUUUAACCAAAAGUCACACCUCAGCAUCCAUCAGAAAGCUCACAUAGCUGAGAAAUCACAUGAAUGUAAAGAAUGUGGAAAAGCUUUUAUCCAAAAGUCAAAACUCACCAUUCAUCAGAGAAUUCACACAGGUGAGAAACCAUAUGAAUGUAAAGACUGUGGAAAAGGUUUUAACCAAAAGUCACAACUCAGCAUUCAUCAGAGAAGUCACACAGGGGAGAAGCCAUAUGAAUGUAAAGAAUGUGGAAAAGCUUUUAGCCGAAAGUCACACGUCAGCAGACAUCAGAAAAGUCACACAGGUGAGAAACCAUGUGAAUGUAAAGAGGUUGGAAAAGCUUUUACCCAAAAUUCAGACAUCAACAGAGAUGAGAGAAUUCACAAAGAUGAGAAACCAUAUGGAUGUAAAGAAUAUGGAAAAGCUUUUAACUGAAUGUCACACCUCAGCAGGCAUCAGAAAAGUCACACAGGUGAGAAGCAAUAUGAAUGUAAAGAAUGUGGAAAAGCUUCUAGCAAAAAGGCAUACUUGAGCAUUCAUCAGAGAACUCACACAGGGGAGAAACCAUGUAAAUGUAAAGAGCGUGGAAAAGGUUUUAACCAAAAGGUAGAACUCAGAAGGCAUGAGAGAAUUCACACAGG